GGUAAGAACAAGCUAAUUUUUAUAUUUUGGUUUUAACACUCUCCUGAUUUAAGCAUCUCUGUUUUACUCUAGAGCACUGGGAAGAUACAAUAUAGAGAAUGUUUGUGUCUUGAGAAAAAAACAGCUUUGAUUUCAAAAGAAGCACCUUGAUGAAGAGGAAAAUAAUUUACCUCCUAUCAACAAGUAUACUGCAGUAUUUUGAAGUGAUACACUGUAUAUGCUGUAUAUGAAAUGUUUGAGAGACGCUGCUCUUACUUUCAAUUUUAGGAGGAUAAAAGACAAAAAUCGGUAAAUUAAAUGCAAUAUAACGUUUGCACUCAUGAAUGUGGUAUAAGUCUAAUUUGAAUGCAUGGCUGGUGAAGCAGGCAAAAGUUAUUUUAAAACAACAGCAAAUGCUCCUACAAAUCAUAUUUUAGAUUAUAAAUGAAAAAGAGACAAAGCCUUAAAUUGCAUCACCUGACAAAUGUUUGCUUUUGGGGCCGUUGUAUCAAGACAUACUAAUUCUAACGAUACUGCACAGAGCUGUUACUCUGAAAGUAUUCUUUCUAAAGACAAAAUGAUCAACUGUGCAGCUGUAGUUGGACAAAAACGCAUCAUGCUUGUGCUUCAGAAUUUCCAGAAUCACAAAGACAUGACUGUCUUUAAAAAGUUGUUCUAAUUGUUGUCAGAAAAACAAAAAUAAGUGGAGGAAGAGAAAUCCUGAGAGCAGCUGUUUUGCAUUGAAACCAAGAACUACCUGCGAUCAAGUUUUAUGCCAUGUGAAGAUGAAUGCUCAUACACUCUGGUGGUUGGUAUUCCUGACCCAAAUUAAAAAUUUUCCUUGUUCCUCACCAGAACUCUUCAUUCUACAAGAACCUACUGAGCUGACGGCUACAGAGGGAUCCUGCAUUGAAAUCAAAUUAGAGGUCAAGCAACCUGUUAGUACUGAUGGUGCUCACUGGUUUUGGAUGAAGGAUCCAAAAUGGACCGAUUCAGAAUCUAGAUUUAGUGGCACCAUUAUAUACAGUACAAAUCAGACAAUACGUCCUCUCAGUCUAAACUUUAAAAACAGAGUAACAUUUACCUGCACACCAAAUAUAACAGAGACUUUAUUCGAAAAGUCACAGUGCAAUAUUUUGAUCUGCGACCUAAACAAAAUGGACAGUGGAAAUUAUUCUUUCAGAUUUGUCGGAAAAAAUCACAAAUGGAUGGCUAAACCAGAGAGGAGACUCAAAGUUACUGAUAAUCCAUGCCCGAUCACUUUUGAGCAACCACAAGUUGUGAGGGAAAAUAGCAGAAUAACUCUCACAUGCUCCACAUUAAGUUCGUGUCCUUCAAAGCCAAAAAUUGAACCUCUGACCCAGCUGGCCUCAGUGAACCGCCCACACGAAACAUCUACAAAGACAUCUAGAGUCACCACUGUCCGCUUUACUGCCAGCUGGAUGAAUGAUGGAAAUGAGUUUACCUGCCAAACAUCAGAUAACAAAGACAAAUAUUUGGUCCGGAGAACCAACAUAGUUGUAGAAUACGCUCCUAAAUGGGCAUCCGCUAUGAUCAGCUCAUCAAGAAUCAAAGAAGGAGACACUGUGACUCUGACCUGCUCUUCUAAAGGGCAACCUAACCUCAGCUUUACCUGGUUUCACAAUGAAGAAAAGCAAUUCUCAGGAGCCAAAUGGACAAUAGGGCCAAUUAAUUCUUCACACAGCGGAUCGUACUAUUGUGAAGCUGAAAACUAUCUUGCUAAACAACGCUCAGAAACAGUCACUGUUGAUGUCAUGUAUGUCCCGGAUGUUGAGGUACAGAUUUCAAAGGAGCCUAAAGGAAGCCUCAUGGACAUUAAACAAGGAGAUAUGGUUACUUUGACAUGUAAUGUGAAGAGAAGCAAUCCUUGGAAUGUCCGAUUUAGUUGGGCUAAAGAUGGUAAAUGGGUGGGACGGGAUCGGACAUUUGUCAGAAAUAUUCAACCAAAGGACAGUGGCAACUACACGUGUACAGCUACGAACAAUGCAGGUCCUGGAACAUCAAAGCCAUACAGGGUUCUGGUUCAAUACCGGCCAAGGAACACCAGAAUUUCCCCCAAUGAAGCACAAAAUACGAGAGUGAAAGUUAACAGCACCUUCAUGUUCACCUGUAUCACUGAUGCAGAGCCAGCUGCCUUGUUCUCCUGGUACAAACAGACUGACUCCUCACAGUGGACACCCAUUCCACAACAAGGGAUCCUAAGAUUGGAGAGGGUCCAAAGAACAGAUGAAGCAUGUUACAGAUGCAACGCAGCCAACAAAAUCGGCAUGGGGGAUAUGAGUGAGCCAGUGUGCAUCCAAGUAACGUUUCCUCCAACCAGUGUCAUGCUGUCUAUGGAUAGUGAGGUCACAGAGGGUCAGCUCAUCCCAAUCAGCUGCACUGCUGAAAGUUUCCCACCAUCACGUUUCACUAUUAUGAGGAAUUCUGCAUCAAACCAUCAGCUUUCAGACUGGAAAUCAUCUCAGUCUAAUAAUAACAGAAACGUUUUCCACUCCACAAUCAAUGCAUCUUCAACCGACGCAGGCGUUUACACCUGCAAAGCCACAAACAGCGAAGGAACUGAGCAAAGCAACCAGAGGAAAUUAGUGGUAAAAUAUACUCCCAAAGAGGUAAAGGUAGAAGCUCAGCCUGAUCUUACUGUGAAAGAAAAUAUGACGUUCACACUGGACUGCAGAGCCCGUUCCUACCCACCAGUGACUUCUGUCACCUGGAUGAAGAAGACUAAUGGGAGGAAUGAAGUCAUCCUGAGCCAUCAGAAGACCUUCUCUGUGAAGUCUGCCAGCCCCUCUGACAGCGGACUUUACAACUGUACAGCCAUGAAUGACAUCGGAGCUGGAAAAUCACCGCAAGUUGAAGUUAAAGUCAAGUAUGCUCCAAAACACGCAACAAUCCUGAAAGGAGAAGAGCAGCAGUCUGGCAGAACCCGUUCUGUGAUGCUGAGCUGCAUCACUCAGUGUUAUCCUGAAGUCAGACAAUAUUUGUGGUACAAGAAGACAUAUGACAAGAAAGGGGAUGAAAAAGUAUCUGAAAGUCAGAACUUCACAGUGUAUUCAGACCAAAAAGGAGAGUACUACUGCAUCGCAGAAAAUGAGAUAAAUCAAAAAACAUCUGACCCGAUCAGGCUGUUUGACGACAGACUUAUGAUGGCCGUGAAGAUCUUCUGCUUGAUUUGCCUUCUGUUGCUAAUUUGUCUUUUAAUUUUCUUUUUGUACAGACGCAGGAGGAACAAAUCAAAUCAGCAAGGAACCACACAGCCCUCUUGUGGUUCUCUGGGUUGGCGGAAUCGGGGGAGGAGUAGGAUGGAUGAGACUGCUCUGACAGAGCCUUUCAGGAGCAGGGAUGACCUCUUUCCAGACCAGCCAUGCCGUCCAAACGCCCAACGCUGCCAGCCUCAUCCAGACAGCACGUCUGCAUCCAGCAUUAAUACUGUUUACGCCACUGUCAAUCUAGACAGUGCAAAACCGGCUCCCUCUGCACCAAUGCCAAAGCAAAAGCAUGAUGCACACUUGGCGAAUGAUUCCCUCAACUAUGCCUCUUUGCACUUUGGGAAUAAGCAAAAGAAACCAGAAGAGGAUGUUGUGUAUGCAAAGGUGUCCAAAGCAAAGGCAUCUAAUGAGAUGGAAAGACUGCCGGACUAUGAGAACGUCAGUUCAGUAUGUGCAGCCAGACUUCCAGAUCUAUCUGACUCGGACUCAGACACCAGUGAAGAUGAAGUGGAGGUCAACUAUUCUCAAGUGAACUUCAGGCCAAAGCUUGGACACCAGAGAUCCAGCAGUGACACCAGCAGCGACUCCACCAGCUCUGAAGAUGAGACUCAGUACUCUCAGGUCAAAAUCUGA